UCCCUGGAAAAGACCCUGAUGUUGGGAAAGAUGGAGGGCACUAGGAGAAGGGGACGACAGAGGACGAGAUGGUUGGACAGUGUUCUUGAAGCUACGAACAUGAGUUUGACCAAACUGCGGGAGGCAGUGGAAGACAGGAGUGCCUGUCGUGCUUUGGUCCAUGGGGUCACGAAGAGUAGGACACGACUAAAUGACUAAACAACAACAACAAUAUUCUGUUGGAAGCCGCCCAGAGUGGCGGGGUAUAAAUUUAUUAUUAUUAUUUUAUUAUCCUGGGGUCCCUUCCAGCUCUAUAAUUCUAUGAUUCCACUUGAAGGGCUGUAAAUACCAUGAAGAUGGACCUAGCUUGUUUUCUGCAGCUCCAGAGGGUAGGACCUGAGCCAAUUGCUCAGGAUCCCAGCUAAACAUGGGGAGUCGUAUAAUCAUAGGCUUGUAGAGUUGGAAAAGUACCCUGAAGAUCAGGAGGAAAGGCUAGAGCUGUUUGACAGCAAACUUCCUCGGAAGGUGGUGAGAUCUCCUUCACUGGAGGUUUUUAGGUCAAGAUUGUAUUGGCACCUGCCAGGGAUUGUGGAGAUCUCUCCCUUGCAGGGGGUUUAGACUCGACAAUCCUUGGGGGUCGCUUCCAGCCAUACAUUUCCAUUAAAAAGCUUUAUGGCAAUUCCCUCCCCCCCCCCAGUUCACUGGAGUGGUAAACAAAGCAAGGCCAAAAAUGUAACCAAGAAGAUGGAGAGAAAUCCCCCUGGGGAGCUCACUAGGAUUCUCACCAGAAUUCUGGUAACAAUGCCAUUUGCAGAGUUUUUCCCCAAGAGAGUAUGUUAUUUGUUAACAUUCGAUAUCUCUUCAAACAGUUGAGUUUUAUCGCCCUGCAAUAAUACCCCAGAUCUGGAUACAGACCCUCUUAAACUUGCUCUGACCCGUUAAAAAACGGGGGACGUAGGCGACAGCGUCAUGCAAUUAUUCUGAGCUUCUACAGUUCAGAACAGUCCGCACUGACUGUGGCUCUUUUGGAGACUCAGGGCAGCUCUUUGCAAAAUGUCCAAAAUUCUCCAUGCGCAUUUUGCGACUGGCGUGGGUUCCAGUUGCGAACCAUGUGGAGAUCUCUAGAUGCCAGGUUGGUAACUGACCUCUCCAUCUGGCUGGUCCGUAGAAGAGCUUAUUCAUUGCGUUCAUCUCCUGCCUUUUCCUCCAAGAAGCCCCUCCUCGGUUAAUCCCUACAAAGACCCUGGCUGUGAGGAAUGCGAAGAGGCUGCGACUGACUCCAAGGUCACCCAGUGAGCUUCAUUAUGGGGAGUGGGGAUUCAAACCCUGAUCUCCCAGGUCCUAGUCCAACGCUCUAACCACUACACCACCCUGCCCUCCUGCUAUGUGGCAUUUUCUAUAAAUCGAGUAGGCAAGUAAGUAUGGGGAAAGCAAAAGGCCCCGUAGAGAAGGAUCUUAAGUAUUUCCCUGGAAACUUGAAUUUGUUUGAUGUUUCAAUGUGUUGUAAGCCACUUGGAGAUUUUUCUUCUUCUUUAAGAUAUAAAGCAAUAUAGAAAUGAGAUGAAUAAUAAGAAAUUUUAUUGUGGGGGGAAAUGGCAUCUAGGCAUCCUGUUGCGGUGACCAUAACCUAAGUUUAAGGUACCAUUAUCUUACUGAGUUUUUAACACUUAUUUGUUGGCCUUGAGCAAGCUGUUUGGAACAAUUGGAGGUUGCAGCGCUCUUGCUCCAUGACAAAAGAUCUGAUGUUUUAACCUGUUUGAGAAGGGCAGCAUGGGCUCUUGUGUUCCCUACGCUGCAUUCCCCCCCCCCCCAACUGCAGGUGAAAACUCUCUUAAACACCCUAGUGACCAACCUCGGUUGUGUAAGCCAUCUCUGUUGACAAAUUGCAGCAUUGUUUUCGAGUAUUUGCAUAAGGAAAGGGAAGUGCAGAAACUGGAUCUACUUUCCCUCCUUCUAAAAAAGAAACUAGUAGCUCAUUGGUCAAGCAUCUACAUUGGAAGAUGAAAAAGUUGGCACCCAUCCCCGGGGUCGGGCUGGCAAGGAGCAGUGUUAGAAACUCAGAAAUAUAGCUAAUCUCCAACCUGGGUGGUGGUCGCCACAACGGACUGUCUACUCGCCCUUUCCACUCCCCGUGAAAUUGGUUGUUUAUUUUUGUGGGUGGGGUUUUUGCAAUGGAGUUUAUGAUUGCUUAUUAUUUAUUAUUAUUAUUAUUACUCUUCAUUUCUACAGCGGUACCUCGGUUCUCGAACGCUGAUGAACGUUUCGGAACCCGGAAGCAAAUGCUUCCAUUUUCGAACGCGCCUCGGAAGUCAAACUGCUUCCGCAAAGUGUUUUUCAAUUUCCUCAAUGGAUUUUGCUGACCGCCCAUUGCGCCUCGUUUUUUUUAUAUUUUGGAAGUCGAACAGUCUUCCGGGAUGGAUUACGUUCGAGAACCAAGGGAGGUGCUGAGCGAGAUGGCAACUCAAGUGGCGGUCGCGAACGCCUCUCUUGGGGUCUCCAUGCAGUCUCCUGUCCAACAGCCCUGCAAAGUGUCCAUCAAUGAUGUCUUUGUGGCCACUUCACCCAGCUUUGAAAACCACCACCCACCACCAGCGGCAGAAGAAGCAGAUUCGCCAGCGGCAGAGAUGUUCCGGUCCAAAGCUUCCCCUUCUGUAGGAAUAUGGACCUCCAAAAGGGAUGGGGAAGUUCUGCUGAGGAUGGACGAAAGCGGAAUCGGGUGUGAGACCCCCAUCACGAUUAAUGAACUUCUUCUGAACUCCGUCGCUCAGUUUGGCGACUAUCCCGCCCUGUCCUCCAAGAAGGAUGGCAAAUGGACCAAAAUCACUUACAAGCAAUACUACCAGGAAUGCCGGGGAGCCGCCAAGAGCUUUCUAAAGUUGGGCCUGGAACGCUUUCAUGGGGUUGGCAUUCUGGGAUUCAAUUCCGCCGAAUGGUUCAUAGCAGACAUCGGAGCGAUUCUGGCUGGAGGUUUUGCUGUUGGCAUUUACACAACCAACUCCCCAGAGGCCUGCCAGUAUGUCGCAGAGAACUGUGGAGCCAAUAUCAUCGUGGUGGAGAACGACCGGCAACUUCAGAAAAUCUUGGAGGUUAAGAAGCAGUUGCCUCUUUUGAAGGCAAUCAUCCAAUAUGGAGAAGAGCUCAAGGAGAAAAUGCCAAAUCUGUACACCUGGAGCGAGUUCAUGGCGCUUGGGGCCAGCAUCUCCGAUGACCAGCUCGAUAAAAUCAUCAUGUCCCAGAAGCCCAACCAGUGCUGCACCCUGAUCUAUACCUCGGGGACGACGGGUCAGCCCAAGGGAGUCAUGUUGAGCCACGACAACAUCACCUGGACGGCCCGGGCAGGCGGCGACUACGUCGGCCUGAGCAAAGCGACGGAGCGUCAGGAGGUGGUGGUCAGCUACCUGCCUCUCAGCCACGUGGCUGCGCAGAUGAUCGACAUCUGGCUGCCGAUCACGUUUGGAGUGAACACCUGCUUUGCGCAACCGGAUGCUUUGAAGGGCACUUUGGUGGAUACCCUCAAGGAAGUGCGGCCCACAGCGUUCCUGGGGGUCCCUCGCGUCUGGGAGAAGAUGCAGGAGAGGAUGAAGGCCGCCGGGUUGAAGUUCUCCGCCUUGAAGAAGCGGAUCGCCACCUGGGCAAAAGUGGUCGGGCUGGAGACCAACCUGAGACGUAUCAAUGGACUUAAAACUGGAAGAUCACCACACUCGAGUGAAGGAAACAGGUCCGACGACCUCCCUCUGAAUUUCCGCCUGGCCAGGUCCUUAGUCUUCAAGAAAGUGCGGAAACAGUUGGGCUUGGACCGCUGCACCAAAUGCUACACAGGAGCUGCUCCCAUCACGAAAGACACCCUGGAAUAUUUCCUGAGCCUCGACAUCCGCAUAUAUGAACUCUACGGAAUGAGCGAGAGCUCGGGGCCUCACACGGUUUCGCACCCGAGUGCGUACAAGCUGGGAAGUUGUGGCAAAGAGAUCACGGGCUGCAAAACCAUGCUCUUCAGGCCGGACAAUGAGGGCAUUGGCGAAGUUUGCUUCUCUGGGCGCCAUGUCUUUAUGGGUUACCUGAACAUGGAAGAGAAGACGAAAGAGGCCAUUGAUGACGAGGGAUGGCUGCAUUCGGGGGACCUUGGCAAGCACGACGCAGAAGGGUUCCUCUACAUCACGGGAAGAAUCAAAGAGCUAAUCAUCACAGCGGGUGGGGAAAACAUCCCUCCAGUCCCUAUUGAGGAUGCCAUCAAAGAGGCCAUCCCCAUCCUUAGCAACGUCAUGUUAAUAGGAGACAAGGCCAAAUUCCUUGCGAUGCUUAUGACUCUGAAGUGCAUGGUGAACAUGGAAACCGGAGACCCAGAGGAUGCGCUGACGCCUCAAGCCAUCGAGUUCUGCCAUAAACUGGGCAGCAAGGCCACCAAAGUGUCCGAAAUUGUGAACAGCAAAGACCCGGCUGUGUACGGCGCCAUUCAGAAAGGGGUCACGUCUGUCAACAACCGAGCCACUUCGAACGCUCAGAAAAUCCAAAAGUGGUUGCUUCUAGACAAGGACUUCUCCAUCGGAGGCGGAGAACUGGGCCCCACGAUGAAACUAAAGAGGCCCGUGGUCGCCAAGAUGUACAAAGCGCAAAUAGACCAGCUUUACGCGGAAUAACCGAGCACCUAAUGAUCGCCGGAGGAAUACAUACCCCCCCCCCUGGCCCUGCCUCUAUCAGAAGUCCAAUCUUCGCUGCACGGACCGUCUUCAUAUGGAAAGAGAAGCGCCACCGUCUUGCUCCUCUUUCCUCUACCCUUAUUGAAAAACGAGGUUUCAAUAAAGGCAGCUCCCCGAAUUCAGCUUGGUUUUUCUCACCGACAGUUGCUCCCUGCCUAGCCCAGCCCACCCCCCAAAGCCCAAGUAUUUCAGUUGCAAAAUGAGAGCGGCCUUUGCUACUGUCUCUGUCUCUCCCCCGCCCCCUCCACUUCCUGGGCUUGGUUUUGGAACCCCGUUUUGGCACAGGGCUCCAGCUUGCUCUCGUGGCUUUGUACCCAGGCAAAGAUUUCUGCAAGGAUCUCCCUCCCUUGGCCUUUUCUGCUACGUCUGUGUCUUUCACAACCCACCCUCACCCUUUCUUUGAAUGUACAGAGAGUCUGGUUUUUGCCCCCUAACUGUGCCUUGCAGGGGGGGGGACCCUGUGGUUUAGAGGUGCAAAUAAUGGCAGCAUCUCCUGCCCCACGGUCUAAACGGAGUGCUAUUCUAGCAAGCGGCUGGCGGGGGUUGCAGUGAAACCAUCUCCCCGCUGAACUGACUUCCCUUUUUUCUUUGGUGAAAUGUGGCACAACUUUAUAGUUGUGUGAGCUUUUCCCCCCUCCUCUCCCACAGAGACACUAAACCCACUGAGAAACAACCACAGAUGUAUUUCACGUGUGGAUAAAAGGAAAUCCGGUGCACUCACUAAAAUCGUUAUUAUUUUUCUAUACUUUGGAGUCUGUUCACGUGUUGAGGCUCGGCUGUGUAGCAUCCGUUUGCGUGGAGCCUUUUUAGCAGAAACACAGAUAGCAGCAUCAAAGCCUGUCCUCCUGGCAACCAGGUUUUAGCGGUUCCUCCUGUGGCAACGAGGAAAUGUUGGAAGGCGGUGGGCCCUUGGAAAAUCAUUGUCUGUGAACAUGCUUUUUGCCCUCUGGGGGGAAAUGAGCACAUGGGACUCCCUGGCAUGCAAGAACAGACUCUAAAACUCUUCUCUGAAAGUUGUGCCCAUUCAAUCAUGCCACAAGCAUUGCCAGGCUGGGAGAACAUCCGUGUAGCUUUCUGGGGCUUUUUUCUUGUUCUUUUAUAGGAAUUUUUUUUCCCUCCUUUUUGCCUGUACUUGCUAACUUGACUACAGAUGUAAGACCUACCUACAGCAAAAUAACUGGGAGAUAUUUGCUCCCAAAUGCCUCUUGUUCAUGCUGAAGCUGUGAAACCUCGUCGUGGAGAGACAGUAUGUUGUAGUGUGCUGCUGAGUUGAGAAAUAGCCUAUGGGGGUAUUGUGUUUGGGUUUUGUUUUUGGUUUUUUUGAGAGAGUUGUGCCCGUGCAGGGAUAGAGGGAGGUAACUGGGGGCAAGGCGAGGAGCUGUUGAUGUCCAAAGAAAAUACUUCCGGAAUGUAAAUGGCACUGGGUAUUUGGUGGUUGUGGUUAAAUCAUGUUUGCAAUUGAAUGUAUUGGGGUUAAAAUAGUGGGGCAGGAGAGGGGAGGGUCAUAUUGUACCCCCCAAAAAGACAAUGUUUGCUAUGAGCCAAGGUUUAUGUACACCUCUCCUGCCCUGUUGGAAUGAGUGUUUAAUAAAAUGUCUGAGUAUC